GCCUCCACAGCCGUCUUGGCUCAAGCUUUUCUGGCGCAAGGCCCGUCUACGCUAGACCCAUUCGCUUGCUCGACCGACCGUUCGCCUGUGGGCCGCACCCGGCCCUGCCCCCUGUGCGCGCAUGUCUGUGGCCGCGACGAAGACGAGCACGGCGGCAAGGGUGACUGUCUUGACCAGCCUCCCGAUCUCCCUCGCGUGGCGCUCCGCUGGCUUCCGCUGGGCGCAGGACGACAUGCCGGCUGGGUCCUCCUGCAUCGCGCCGUUGCUGUUCGGUUCGCUGCUGCUCUGCGUCGUGCUUCUCUUCCUCCUCCUCGCGGUGCACGGCCGCGCGGAGGUCCGCAAGGUGUGUAGCAAGAAAUAUGCCAGCGCCAGCCUCCCAGGUAUCUUUUCCGCUUUGACCUUCGUCCUCGAGAACUUCGCGCUCGCGAACGGCCUCAGCGCGACCUUGGUCGUUCUGCUCAACAAGUGCGCGAUUCUGCCGGGCGUCCUUGGGGAGAUCUGGUUGACGCGGACCACGCCGUACCGCACGCAGCUCCUGACCAUGGCGGCUUUGCUCUUGUGCAUCAUCGUCUACUCUCUCGGCGACGAGGGCGAAAUCAACAUGUCGCUCGUCGGGUUGCUCUUGGGCCUUGGUGCAGCCCUCUCAGACGGAGUUGGCGACAUCGCCUUUGAGGCUACGGCGAAGUCCUGCCUCGACGACCUGGAGGAGCAUUCGGGUGCCGAGACGCUCAGGUGUUUCCUCGUGAACGAGCUGUACAAGUCCGUGUUCAACAUCAUACUGAUGUUCGUGUUUGAGCACAAGCACCUGUCGCGAGGUCUCUUCCAUGGCUGGGGCCUCCCCAUGCUCGUCGGCGGUGUCAUGCCGCUCCCCGUGAUGGUCGCGCUUUACAACACGGCCAUCUUGACGGCCGGCAACUUGAAGACCAGGAUCGCUGCGUCCGCCGAUAUCGGCAUCGCCUACAUGAUGGAUGCGUUUAUCUUCGGUGACACUGUCAGGAUCUCCCAGUGCCUGUUGAUCCUCGCCAUCAUCGCCCUGAUAGGCGUCUACACCCAGUUCGCCGUCGACGUGCGGAAGGCCGCCGCAGACGCCCUCAUGAGGUCGGAGAAGUCAGACGCAGAUGUUGUGUGUGGGGUGUGAGAAGUUUUCGCGGCCCCUCAUCGGGAGAACUCUGCGUCUCGGCCAAGGCUGGCGACCGCAGUAGUAGCAGUAGUGAUGUCGCAUACGCGCAAUGCUACUCUUGUCCGUUCUUUCGAAGGAGCACGUUGCCAUGAUAAUGAUACAUUUUAGGAUUUCCAGGGUGUCCAAGAUUUCCUGAUGUUCCAUGGGGGCUGCAGAAAAGCCGCAGUGACAUUAACCGUGGCCAAGCUGUAAGUUUUAACCGUAGAUGGCCAAUUUUCCAAAAUGUCGCUUCGAAGUCCGUGUUGUCGCUCGUCUUGAAGUUGCGCCCAGCCUUUCCCUGCAGCCAUUGGGGAUGCUCAGUGCGCAAGUGUGUGUUGGCAUGCGCUUUUACUGGAAACGCUUGACUACGAGCUUGGCUCCUGUUAUACACGAUGUUGUCCGACGAUGUCGUGCGUAGGGUGACUUGUCUCGUACGUGGAAGAUGUUCCAUCCGCGUGCUCUUUGUUUUUCCCUACCUAGGCUCUGCCUAGAAGGGUUCUUAAUCGGUGGCUUGAGGGGCCGGGCAGUGGAACGCGCCCCGGGCGGUUCCCCCGGCAUCCGCCCCGCGGUUCCCCCAGUUGCGCCCCCUGGGUUCACCCAGCUUGGCUAAGCUAAGCUAAGCUAAGCUAAGCUUAGCUUAGCUUAGUUUAUCUCAUCCUAGCUUUAGGCUCCCACUCCUAGGUAGGGUCGCACUGGAAUAAGUAUUCCCCUCUAGGUGCGAGCUCCGGUCUGGUGGCCAGCUUGCACAUUCUUUGCAUGGUGCAGAACUGAUAGAGAGCGUCUCCUGAGCUGGCUUGAGCUCGCCUGCGCUGUCUGGGAUCUGUGCCCGUCGUUCCCUGUUGCCGACUGAAUGCAUUAUCGAAGUUCCCCAUAUCCUGAGGAUGGGGUUCCUGUUGCUACUCCGACCGCGCCGACUCCUCACCUUCACCUCCCUCCUCAUCAAUUCCUCACGAAGCUAAGAUCGUGGUGGUGAUGAUGGGGAGGAGGAGGAGGAGGACGCCGGAGGAGAAGUAUCGAGCUGCCUCUGUGCCGCCUUCUCUCCUCUGUCCUCGCCUCGCGCCUG